AUGUUUUCGGUACUGUAUAUUUUCUACUUUUCAUCUUUGAUUCCUCUGUGCAUGGCCAUUAGUCUGCAAUGUGAACCCGCUGAGCAGUCAGAGGGUGGAAAGGCUCUGAAAGGUCACAUCUCUAAAUCAAAAAGGGUACAAGAUCCGUACGAGUGUCUGAUGUUCUGCUACAGCGAACUCACAUGUCAGAGCUACAAUUACGUCAAAACUGGUAAACUUUGCGAGCUUAAUAACAGAAUCAAAGAGGCAAGACCUGAAGAUUUAGUCCGAGAUGAAACUGGAUUCUACGUGCGACGAUGGAAGAACAGAGGUACGGACAAUAACAUAGUCUUUAAAAUCACUAUUAUAUAAAAGAUUCGUGAAAACUGAAUACUUUUCACAGCUGAAAACAUCAAGUUCCUUUAGUCCUUGGACAAUCACACCUGGUUAGUAUCGUUAAGCCAAAAUUUUCAGCAAUUUGAUAAAUUUUUCAACCUUGCAUAUGACGGUAACACAUGUUCAGCUACUUUUGAGGAGGAGAGGUUGUGUCGGAGAGGUGUGAGAUAAACAGACAGAUAGAGAGAAAGAGAAGACUUGUUUAAAGCUCAUUUAUAAAUGCUAGGUGUUUUGUACACUAUUAAAAUGUCAUCGUAUUACAAUGUGACUGAUUCCGUCAGCGUUGUCCUGGGACCGGGUUGAAGCUCGGAUAUAUUCCCUAUACAAUUCACAUAUCACUUGUGUAGUUCAUCAGAUCAAAUCAAAGCCUCGCAAUAAUUGAAGUGGGAAUGGGGCGGGGGUGGGGUUGGGGAAUGAGUCUCCUCUGUUCGAGUCUAAGCCUUACAGGAACAAGAAAUUAAUGUGGUUGGCUCCCGGUAUUUCUCAAGAUGUUACCUUCCGAGCAUGCAUAUUUUAAACUUUCAAAGAAACUUAGCACAUCAGAUGUAAUAUAAUAGCAUUCAAGAAAUUAUUUAAUUCCUUACAGUAUCUUGCGAUUUAAUAUGGCCACAUUGGAAUAUUCCUUGCUGAAAUGAUGUUAGGUUGGUAAUUGAACAUGACAAUACCACACAAUCAAGGAGGUAAUUGUUAUCAAACGAAAAGCAUUUUACUGUUCCUUUCCCAAAGUCUCUUUAGGCUCCGCUCCCGAGAUGCCUGCCGAGUCUUGUGGUGAGAUCAAAGCCAGCGAACAAGGGAUGGCGGUCAGCGGUAGAUAUUGGCUAGAGCCCCAGGAGACAAAAAAGAAAUCAAGAACUUUCUGGUAACUUAAUUAUUAUUCUUCAUUUCUGAACAAUUCAAGAAAAAAAAUAGAUUUUUAUCGUUAAAAAAUAAGAAUGUUUGGAAUUCAUAAUUCCUUUCUUAUGGACAGUUCACGUAAAAACAAGUUUGGAUCAUAAAAUGCAAGUUUGCAUGGAAUUCUUUAUUUGA